AUGUUGUCACAAGCUUUACUAGGAGCUUGGCUGCUCUUGGCUGCUCCAGCGCUGGCCGCCGAUACCUGCCAAGCGCCGCCCAUUAAUCACCCGGGAGAGCCUUUCAGCUAUGUUCAGCCCAAGGACACUACAAUUCUUACUCCUUAUGGGAGCUCACCAGCCGUGCUUCCUUCUCCAAACAUUACCGGCAACGGUGGUUGGGAGGCGGCACUCCAAAAGGCGAGGAAGUUUGUGAACAAACUCACCCUCGAGGAGAAGUCAUGGAUGGCAACGGGCCAACCUGGUCCUUGCGUCGGCAACGUUCUUCCUAUACCACGUCUCAAUUUCACUGGUCUAUGUCUUCAAAAUGGACCCCAAUGUGUUCAGCAAGGAGACUAUUCGAGUGUCUUCAUUAGCAGUGUUUCUGCUGCUGCAAGCUGGGACCGUCAAUUGUUGUAUGAUAGAGCAAAUGCCAUGGCCAAAGAGCACAAAGCCAAGGGCACUCACGUCAUCUUAGGUCCUAUUGGAGGACCACUGGGCCGCAGUCCCUAUGAUGGCCGGACCUGGGAGGGCUUUGCUGCUGACCCUUAUCUCACUGGUGUGUGCAUGGAGGAGACGAUCAAUGGCAUGCAGGAUGCCGGCGUCCAGGCGAACGCAAAGCACUUCAUUGCCAAUGAGCAGGAGACCCAGCGCAAUCCAACCUACGCCCCAGACGCGAACGAAACCACAUAUAUCCAAGACUCUGUGUCCGCGAACAUCAACGACCGCACGUUGCAUGAAAUCUAUAUGUGGCCAUUUGCAAACGCUGUCCGCGCAAAUGUUGCCAGUGCCAUGUGCUCAUACAACCGUGUGAACGGCUCUCACUCCUGUCAAAAUUCCUACCUUUUGAACCAUCUUCUCAAAGGCGAGCUGGGCUUCCAAGGAUAUGUCAUGUCAGACUGGGGUGCUACCCACAGCGGUGUUUCAUCAGUCGAGAGUGGUAUGGAUAUGACCAUGCCAGGAGGUUUCACCUUGUACGGUGAGCUUUGGACUGAUGGUUCAUAUCUUGGAAAGAAUCUUACCAGAGCUGUGAAGAACGGUACUGUCGAGAUGACCCGCCUAGAUGACAUGGUCGCGCGUAUCAUGACACCCUAUUUCUGGCUUGGCCAGGAGAAGAACUACCCAAGCGUCGAUGCUUCUGUCGGUCCACUCAAUGUGGACUCGCCUCCAGACACUUGGCUAUACGACUGGAAGUUCACUGGUGAAACCAGCCGCGAUGUCCGAGCCAACCACAGUGCCAUGAUCCGCGAACAUGGAGCCUCCUCGACCGUGCUUCUCAAGAAUGAACGCAAUGCGUUGCCACUGCGCAAGCCUCGCAAUAUUGUGAUUGCUGGCAAUGAUGCUGGUCCCCUUACUCAGGGCCCUGAUCUUCAGGGAGACUUUGAAUAUGGACAUCUGGCCGGCUCUUCCAGCUCAGGCUCCUGCAGAUUCUCGUUUUUGUCAACACCCCUCGACGCUAUCAAUACCCGAGCUCGCAAAGAUGGCUCCCUUGUUCAGUCAUUCUUGAACAAUACCUUGCUGACCACCACCGAUCUGACUUCGCCUCUUUGGAUUCCCCAGCAGCCUGAUGUCUGUCUCGUUUUCCUAAAGUCUUACUCGAUGGAGGGUGAAGACCGAACUUCUCUCGACCUGGAUUGGAAUGGCAAUGCUGUUGUCGAGGCCGUCGCCAAUCACUGUAACAACACGGUCGUCAUCACAAACUCGGGUGGUGUUAAUGUCAUGCCAUUUGCUGAUCAUCCCAACGUCACUGCUAUUCUGGCUCAGCACUACGCUGGAGAAGAGUCAGGAAAUGCCAUUGCCGAUGUUCUCUACGGUGACGUGAACCCAUCAGGCAAGCUGCCUUAUGUGAUUGCGUACAACGAUACCGAUUACAACGCACCCUUGACCACUGCGGUGGAGACCAACGGUACAUUUGACUGGCAGAGCUGGUUCGAUGAAGAACUCGAAGUCGGUUACCGGUACUUUGACGCACACAACAUCUCCGUGCGAUACGAGUUUGGCUUCGGUCUGAGUUACACGACCUUCGGUCUCAAAGACCUCAAGGAAAAGAGCUCUGCUCCAUCGAAUCUGACUGCUCUGCCAGAAAAGCGUCCCACUCAGCCAGGUGGCAACCCAGCCCUGUGGGAGACUGUGUAUACCCUGGAGGCGGAAGUUUCCAACACGGGUGACAUCGACGGAUACGCAGUGCCACAAUUGUACAUUGAAUUCCCCGCUUCAACCCCAGCUGGAACUCCACCUAACCAGCUUCGCGGGUUCGACAAGAUCUGGCUUACUGCUGGUGAGAAGAAAACUGUCACUUUCGACUUGAUGCGCAGAGAUCUCAGCUACUGGGAUGUUGUUGCCCAGGACUGGCGCAUUCCUACUGGGUCUUUCAAGUUCAAGGCUGGGUUCAGCAGCCGUGACUUCCAUGCGAACUCCGACGCGAUACUGAUCAAGGCAUGA